GCCGUCACAGAGACAAAGACGCUUCUGGAGAGACUGACAUAUUAACAGGGCACAAUGUUAAAUUCCUUGUGGUUCAUUCUCAUAUUGGAUUUUGGAAAUGGACCUCCAGUCGAAGCUUUUCUGAGGUUGAUGAAUGGUAUCGGAUUUUGUUCUGGACGAGUGGAGGUUCUUCAUAAUGGAAUAUGGGGAACAGUGUGUGAUGAUGUCUGGGAUCUAACAGACGCUGCAGUGGUGUGUAGAGAGAUGGGUUGUGGGAAUGCGAUCGAGGCAAAGAGUUUUGCUUAUUUUGGAGAAGGUUCAGGACAGAUAUGGAUGGAUGAUGUAAAUUGUGUUGGCAAUGAGUUUUCACUGAUGUUCUGUGGGACACCUGGAUGGGGAACACAUAACUGUGUGCAUUCUGAAGAUGCUGGAGUCAUCUGUGAAGCCUUUAUAAGGUUGGUAAAUGGCAUUAACUCUUGUUCUGGACGAGUGGAGGUUCUUCAUGACGAUCAGUGGGGAACAGUGUGUGAUAAUGGCUGGGGUCUAACGGACGCUGCAGUCGUAUGUAAAGAGCUGGAUUGUGGGAAAGUGAUUGAGGCAAAGAGUGCUGCUUAUUUUGGACCAGGUGUAGGACCAGUAUGGAUAGAUGAUGCACAGUGUACUGGGAGUGAGGCUUCACUGGUGAACUGUACAUCAACAAAAUGGGGAAUACAGAGCUGUGAACAUUUAAAGGACGCUGGAGUCACCUGUAACAAUGUGAAGCUGGUCGAUGGUUCCAGUGAGUGUGAUGGCAGAGUUCAGAUUCGGUAUAAUGAGCAGUGGGGCGCAGUGUGUCACUCGGGCUGGGAUCUAGCAGAUGCUACAGUGUUGUGUCGAGAGCUGGAUUGUGGAGACACUGCAGAGCUGAAAGAGUAUGUGGAAACUUCAGGGCAAACAUCGAUGGAUGAACUGGCCUGUACAGGAAAUGAGUUUACGGUGCAGGACUGUCCUUUUACCGGAUGGGGUGUGAGCAGUUGUUUGAAUGGGCUUCAUGCGGGAGCUUUUUGCCAAACAACUGUGAGACGAGUUGUGGUGAGGAUUGUGGUGAAGGCCGAGAUUGGAGUCAAUGUCAAUGACCCAGAUAUCAAGAAUAAGCUUCUGGAUAUGAUGAGGCAUGUGGUUGAAAGUAAAGGGAAGUAUAGUGUGAACUGGAGAUCACAGCCUGAUGAGCAGGUAUUCCACCAGCAGAGAACAGCCACAGACAGGGCUAAAGCAUGCCGAAGGGUGAACUAGGCAGCUGUACAGUCAGGACAGCAAGAAGGAGAAAGAUUUUAUUUCUAAAUAUAAAUCUAAAUGAACUUUCCUUCAUAGUGCCGCUACUGCCUCCCCUCGCCUCUACCUUAGAGCGGCAUCAGCAGUCUACAUGCAA